AUGGAAACAGAAUAUUUAGUAUCUGAAUUGACGGACAGUGGUGAAAAUACACUAAACAAAAAUGAAAAUGGUAAUAUUGUGGGUAUUAAUGAUAGUUCUGAAAUUUCUGAAACAAUAAAGAUUCCAGCUAUGCUUACUCAGAAAAAAACAACUGAUGAGUUUUAUGAACAUUACACAAUACAUUCGCUUAAUGAGCCUCGUAAAAACGCUAAAGCAACUGAUUUGUAUCAGAUGUUAAAAAUAGAUAUAAAUCCAAUUGAUCAAAGAGAUUUAAAUUUAGAUGUGAAAUGUUUCCCAGUGUUAUUUCUUUAUGGGAAAGAUGGCCAAUAUUCUGAAAGAUUAGUAAAUCUAUCUUCUAGUGAAUUCAUUAAAUCUCGUUUACUCUCAAUGAAUCCAAUUUUCCGGACAAAUAUACAAUAUUUGUUUUUCUUGUUACACGACGCUAAUAUAAGAGCACUUAAAUCUGGAAUUUAUCACAAACUUAGUACAAUUAAAUCUAAAGAUAAAUUUACGUCAUCUGAAUGUUUAGAAAUGUUAAAAAAUGAUCAAUUGGAAGGAAAUUUGACUACUAUAUUCGCUCGGUUAAGAAACACCAGUCAAUAUUGGUUAGGUCCUAGUCCUGCAGAAUAUACUUGGGAUAGACUUGAUUCUUAUUUAAGGAAAGUAAAUAAUGUAACUGAAGAAGGAAAAUCACUGUCAGCACUCAUUGCGUAUGAUCCUAUUUCAACGUCCCGUUUCAUAGAUAAUGAAUUCAAAGCUAUGCUCGAUUUCCUUACUUCUAAAAACGGGCCUUUAGGGGUAAUUGAAUAUUAUGAGUGGCGGCGAGAGUAUCAAACCAGAGGAUUACAACAUUUUCAUAUGCUGAUAUGGAUAAAGGGAGCCCCUGUGUUAGGAAACGCAACUAAUGAAACAGUUGCUAAUUUUAUUGCAGAUAAAAUAACAUGUGCAAAACCAGAUAAAAACACAUUUCCACAACUAUCAGAGCGUGUAGAUUUGUAUCAAACUCACAAACACAAUAACUAUUGCUUGCGAAAUAAAAAAACGAAUAAGGGAACAGUUCAAUGUUGUAGAUUUGGAUUUCCAAGGCCUGUAACUGAUCAAUUUACAGUUCGAGACGUUGCUACGUCAAUUGCAGGACGGCGUAAUCUUAAAUCUAAAAGUAGACUGUAUGAUAUACCACGAAAUAAAAGUGAAACAUACAUAAAUGAUUAUAAUCCUGCUAUUCUUUUAGCAUGA